AUGACGAGCCCACAACAAGUCGACGGCUUGGACGUCACGGCCAAUGAUGCUCGCGCGGCAGAAAGGGACCUGGAUGAGCAGACCCAGGUCGAUCACGGUUCCCCGAUCGUGACGAUGCCCGAGGCGGCUCAGACAGGCGGUCCCGACGCGCCUGUACCAACGACAAUCGAGGGCGAGAAGCCAAACAAGGACGGGGGCGCCACCAAGCUUAUUAUCGAGGACCAAACUAACUUCCUUCCGACACGACAAGUCAUUACGGUCUUUCUUGGAUUGUCGGUAGCCUUGUCGUGCUCGUUCUUGGAUCAGACAAUUGUCGCGACCGCUCUUCCUCGAAUUUCUUCUGACCUUCAUUCGGGACGAGAGAGCUCCUGGGUUGCAACAGCGUAUUUAUUGACGAGUCUUGCCUUCACCCCGUUAUAUGGGCGGUGGUCAGAUGUAUUUGGCCGGAAGGCAGUCUUGCUGUUCUCGCUGGUUUUCUUCCUUAUAUUCUCCCUGGCAUGCGCCUUGUCCCAGUCUAUGAUACAACUUAUCGUAUUCCGAGCCUUUCAAGGAAUAGGAGGCGGAGCUAUCAUCACGAUGGUCCUUAUAAUUACAUCCGAUAUCGUCAAUCUCAAAGACCGGGGUAAAUAUCAAGGUAUCCAAGAAGGCACCAUAGCCGUCUCCAAUGGAAUCGGCCCGAUCCUGGGAGGCAUAUUCUCUCAAUAUACAACAUGGCGAUGGUGCUUCUGGAUCAACCUCCCAAUGUCGGGCCUUGCGAUCUUCGUCGCGGUCAUGCUGCUCCCCCUGAAAGGCGUGAAGGGCAACAUGAAGGAGAAGCUCCUCAAGAUCGAUUAUGUCGGCUCGGCUCUGACGAUACUGUCAUCCAUACUGAUCCUGAUUGCGCUAACUUGGGGAGGAGUCACGUAUCCUUGGGCGUCUGCGCAAGUCUUGGUGCCUCUGUUCCUCGGCGUGCUCGUCCUGGCGGGCUUCCUGUUCUGGGAGGCUAAGUUCGCGGCGUUGCCCAUUAUUCCAGUCCAUAUCUUUAGACACAAAACAGUUUCAGGCGUAUACGUCUGCACACUCCUAAACGGCAUGACCUUCUUCGCUAUUUUGUACUAUGUCCCACAGUUUCUGCAACUGGUCCGAGGCAGCUCGCCCAUAUAUUCCAGUGUCCUCAUGCUGCCCUUCCUCUGUCCCAUAGCUUUUGUCGUAUUCGCCAACGGUCAAUUCACGGCUAAAACCGGCCAUUAUAGAUAUAAUAUCAUCAUUGGCUAUGCCAUAUGGAGUAUCGCUCAGGGCCUGCAAUCCACUAUCGAUGAGCAUUCGUCCACGGGGAAGAUCGUGGGCACCUUGCUUAUGGGAGGCAUUGCAUCAGGAUUCACUUUCCAGACGACGCUGAUCGCCGCCCAAGCAGCCGUGUCUCGACGAGAAAUGGCCGUCGUCACCGGCGUGCGGAACUUCGUCCGCCUCUUUGGCUCCACGAUAUCCCUAGCGAUCUGCGCGUCCAUCAUCAACAACAAGCUGCGGAGCACGCUCACCCCCCUCGGCCUCAGCUCCGAGAUGGUCGCGAACAUACUGAACGACCCCACUACGAUCAACGACGCAAGCGCCGGUAUCAGCCCGGCGAACAAGGCUGCCAUUAUUCAUGGAUACACCCAGGGUUUCCACGGCGUGUUCUAUUUGACGAUCGCAUGUCAGGUGCUUUCGUUCUUCACUGCGCUGUUUUUCAUCCAGCAGCAUCAGCUUAUGAGAGAGGGUGAUGCUGAUUUGAAGAGGGCUGCGAAGGAGAAGCUUAUGCAGAAAAAGGCUGCGAAGGAGGGUCUGAAAAGUGAGGACGUGGACUUGGAAGCGCAAAAUGAAAAGCGGGAGAUGGAAGGCGAUGUAGAGUCAACGAGACAGAGCUCAUGACGGAUAUAAAGCAGUGCUCAACGAUUUGAUGAUUUGUACCUGUAGAGUUCGAUACGAUAGACUUCGAACUUUGCCACGCCUUGGGAUACAUGGGGCUUAUGUACUAUAGGUGUGG